CUGUUGGACAGUGCUGACUCUGAUAUAGAAGAAUUAUCUGGUGGUGAAGGCAUAUUGGGGGAUUAUCGGCGAUCAACAAAAGUCAACAUGAGUACUGCUACACAGAGGAAAAGACGAACAUCAUCUGCUACAUGUUCCCGCCGUGGAAACAGCAAGAGGAACCGGACCCAGAUGUCCCAAACAGCGAUGGAGACCAUUGAUGUGCUGGAAAGUGACCGUGCUCCCAGUGAAGAUGUGGUAGAUUUAACAUGUGAAGGCUCUGAACCUGCGGUUGUUGACCUCACCAAUAAUGAUUCUAUUGUGCUGGUGGAAGAUGGUGUGCAAAGCAGACGCGGACAGGGCACAGAGAGUUAUGUACUGAGCAGUGAUGAAGAGGAAGAGUCCAGUCUUAGACUCAGUCCAGGCUUACUGUCCUCUCUACAUGCCAGCUCGAGGGCCAGGUCUACGCCAGGGGCUGUUAGCUGUCCUGUUUGCAUGGAUGCUUAUUCAGAGAUCAUUGACAGUGGUCGGCUCAUGGUCUCCACAAAGUGCGGCCACCUCUUCUGCAGUCAGUGCAUCCGCGACUCUCUCAGCAGAGCUCACAGCUGCCCUACAUGUAGAAAGAAACUCACACACAAACAGUAUCACCCAGUGUAUAUCUAAUGGUAAAAACUUGUCUCACAGCUCUUCUAGUAUGCUCUCAUGAAACAGUUUCACAGCUCCAUAUGUUCACCGGCUGUUUAUAGUUCACACAUAAAUGAUAUUCGCCAUUAUUUUGACUUGCAAGAUUCUGUUGUAACCAAAAGGGCACUUGAUCCAGGAUUAAGUGUUUAUUUUAUUUUAUUUUGAAAGUGUUUGUGUGACUGUGUGUGUAUGUAUGUAUGUAUGUAUGUAUGUAUUUAUGUAUGUAUGUGUGUGUAUAUAUAUAUAAUAUACACGCACACACGCACUGUUUUGUAGUGAAGGAGUUUUGGGAAUAUAUGCUGACGUUGAGUAGCCAUUUUUAAGGCUUUAAACGUUUAAGGUCUUGGCUGCUAUGUAAGUAUUAUUAUUUUAUUUUUGUCAGCUGUUCAGCUUGUAGUAUUGAAUAACGUUGUCCAGUUUAAAUUAAAAAUGAAUGACCAACUGUCACAAGUAGGAUCUUGUAAUGUUUCGUUUAGUCUUGAACAAAAUGGGUUCCUGCUGUGAUGGUCUCUUAUUGUUUAGUGAAAUUUGUGAGCCUGUAAUGAUAGUUUUGGGCGCAUUGCCUUCAUCUGGUGGACAGCUUUUAGCUCGCCCUCCCCUUGUACCUGCUCUUAUUUGUUUGUAUAGUCUUAGUACCAGCCUUGUUAGCUUAAACUGUCUCUCAAAGUUAACUUGUUUUCAGUCAUUGUUUGUUUGAAUUGAAUCAAUAUUGAUUCUUAUUUUGUCAUUAAGCAAAUUGUUUCAUGAGUUUCUGAGGGAACAAUGGAUGUUGACUAUGUAAAUGCUCUUUUGUCUCAGAAGCACUUUUAAAGACCUCUUCAACUGAUCUUUUGGUCAGAGAAGUGAAUGGUAAAUACUUAUUGAUUGGUUAGCAGAGGGUGAAUAAAGCUAACAAGGCUCGUUUGCCAACUAUAUGUUAAAUGUCAAAAGACCACUAACUUUAUUUCAAUAAACAUUUUGAUCAAUGA